GACCCUCUGAAUCGAGCGUGAUCGCGCCUGUGUUGAUGUCUGCCGCUGCUGUCCCGUCCAUUUGGUGACAAACCGGGACCAAACUUGAAGCCCCAAGAUGUUUUUGUCAGCUGUUGUUCGCUCUGCAGUGUCGCAGACGGCGAGGCAGGUCAGGAGUUUGCAUCGCUCUGCUGCGCGCGCUGGAGCUGGUGGCAUCUUUGUGCACAGAGAUACUCCUGACAACAACCCAGAUACUCCCUUUGAGUUCACUGAGGAGAACAAAAAGAGGAUUGAGGCGAUCAUUUCUAUGUACCCUAUUGGACACAAGCAAGCAGCCACCAUCCCGGUGCUGGACGUAGCCCAGAGGCAGCACGGAUGGCUGCCCAUCUCCGCCAUGAACAAGGUUGCCGAGGUGCUGGAAAUCGCUCCGAUGAGAGUGUAUGAAGUAGCGACAUUCUACACCAUGUUCCUGCGUCAGCCCGUGGGAAAAUACUUCAUUCAGAUCUGCACAACAACACCCUGCAUGCUCUGCAACUCAGACAGCAUCCUGGAGGCCAUCCAAAACAAACUGGGUAUCAAGGUUGGAGAAACUACUCCAGACAAGAUGUUCACGCUAAUAGAAGUGGAAUGCCUGGGCGCCUGUGUGAAUGCUCCGAUGGUCCAGAUCAAUGACAACUAUUAUGAGGACCUCAUGCCAAAGGACAUUGAGGACAUUAUUGACGAACUCAAAGCAGGCAAAGUCCCACCACCUGGGCCCAGGAACGGACGUUUUUCCUGUGAGCCUGCAGGUGGAUUAACCUCUCUGACAGAGCCGCCUACAGGACCAGGAUUCGGUGUAAGACCGGACCUGUAGACAUUUUUCAGGUCACUAUCUGCUUUUAUCAAAAGCUGUUGUCCCUGAAGCUGAUAUUAUUAUUAACUCAAACAUGUUGUGUAAAUAAAUUGUUCAUAUACCUGUG